UUGGGAAAGCGGGCUGUUCAAAAACAAUCCAGUUCCGCCUUAGCUGGAUGCUGUUAGCUAUGGAGGGGCGAGUCAGUGCAGUGAACACUCCUGCCAGCAGACCCAUAACCCACAGGAGGAGUAAGAGCUAUGGGCGGAGCUGUGUGGAGAAUCCGUCUCUGUUCUGGCAAACACCUGGUCAUUUAACAGCACUCGGACACAGGAUCCUAACCAGCAGAGAAGCUGCCAAAUCCUGCAAUAUCACAAGUAAAGUUGACCCAGAGCAAGUGGCCCUCCUGGUGAAGCACGAGUGGAGGCUCGCCUACGUCACCCCUCUGUACCGAUUCCGGCACACUCAGUUAAAAUCGUACUCCAAGCACCUCACGGCGUUCAUCGUGUCCGAGAAACAGCAGGGCGUGGCCGUCGAGGUCGGGCUGGAUGCAGGAUUCAAGGUCACGUUUUCCUCCGUGCUCGGAAUAGCAGAGACGAAAGACGACGCCGAAACGGUUUUCAUUCAGAUACACUCGAAACCUGCGUUCGCCCAAGACGGCACCAAGCCCGUGUGGCGCGGCUGGCUGACCUGCGUGAACGGCGAUCCCGAGUACCUGAGGUCACUCCCCCCCGACUUCGUCAGCCUCCCCCUGUUCUGCAGCAGCGGCCCAGAAUCCCUCACGACUCUGGUCAAGUCGUGGUUCGAACGCACCUUCGACUGCAACUUCGGCCCGCUGCUCCUGAACUCGUCCACUCUGAACUGGCUGGCCGCCCUGUGGACCGGCUGCCAUCCCGACAGCAAUAUCAGAUUCUUAAAGCUGGCGUGGACCAUGCCCUCACAGCCGGCGCUGGACAUCGCUUACACGGUCAACCCGCAGGACGCCUGGGAGCUGUGGAACAGCGUCCGCACGGACGGCGGCGCGGACGAUCGGGUCAGCGUGGACGAGGUGCGGCAGUUCAUGAACGGGAUCGAGACUCACCUUUUCAGACAUUUUAAGAUUUACCUAUCUGCCGGGACUCUCAUGAAGGUCUCUACCGCCCUCGGUUCAGCCCAUCACAACGGCAAAAUCAAGAUCGGCAACAGCGACUACAUCGCCACUUUACUGAGUCUGCUAACCGAAUGCGCCCUGCUGAAAACGCCAGUUUAAUAUCUCUGCUGUGACAUUCUAUCUGUAAAUAGCUUUACUUUUAUUGAAUAAAUAUGUAGGACUAACAUGUAUGCAACUCCUCCAUUUGGUAUUUAUUUUUUAUAUCAGUAUCAGUUCUAAAAACGCACCUUUUAACCUAAAGACCACAUAAUUAUGUUCAGUACAGAAAGUACCAAAUGCAAGUAUUCAGUGUCGGUAAAUAGCAGUUUAAAAUCUCAUUUUCAAUGUAAAUAUUGUACUUUUCCUUUUUCCUUUUUAUCUACACACUUCAUAUAUUCCUAAAUUCUUUUAAACUGUGUGCCUGUGAUACCCAAUGAGCCAGAAUGUUAGAACCACCCCCCAAAAGUGUGAAAGGCAACUUCUAUUUUAUAACAAUUGCGCAUGAGGGUCAGGGGACUUAUUAAAUGUUGGGUUGAUAGUAGUGACUCAGUUGAAGUGUUGAAUGCAGCAGAUAUGAUCACCAUAUACUGUAGAUCCGAGUGAUUUAGAUAAGGGCAGAAUCAUACUGACCAGACGACUGGGGUUGAAGCAUAGGGGUGCUCACAGGCAGCCAUGGCGAGUACCCACAGACAGCGGUCCGAUAAGGAACUGCUGACAGAUUGUUGGGUAGCCAAGAUUCAUUGAGGCCGGGCACCCAGCUAUCUAGGCUCUGCUACCGGUUGGCUGGGCACCCUCUAGCAGGCACAAUUGGCCUCCAGUCUGCUGGGUGGGAACAACCAGUCUAAGACGUGAGGUUAAACGCAGUGUUGCCCAGAGCGCCUGUACAGAAAGUAGAGUGUAGAGAUCAGGGCAUGGCUCUCUGUAUGCGAAACCAAUCUCACCGAAGUAUGGGAGAAUAAGAACGGAUUGGUGGACUGCGCACACAUCGGAGUGUGUGUCAGGCGAAUAUGCACCGUCCUCGGAUGCCAUCAGGGUCCCCACCAAUAGAUUGGCUAUUCUAAAUUGGGAGAUAAAGGUGGAAAAAUUCAUAAAAACGCAGUGGUAAAAUACACUAGCACACCAGAGCUGGGAUUUCGAAUACAUCGUAUCGAAUCUCAGCUCUGCCAUCUGUCUGGGCUGGGCGGCUACAUGAACAACGAUUGGCUGUUGUUCAGGGUGGGACAAGCCGGACCAGGGUCCCUCAUAACUGGUGAAAUUGCGACCUCUGCUGGCUGAUUGAUGGCACCUGCGCAGGGUUGGGGAAUAGUGCUAAUCAGGGUGGGGCGAGUGGGUAGUGUGGGUAUCUUCCUAACAAAAGAUCAGAGUUCAGGCAUUUUUAUUGUAUGAAUAUUUGAGUUUCUGUUUUUAACAACCACUUGUUUUAAAAGUGUAUUGUCUUUUUUUGUCUUGGAAUAAAUGCAACAUUUCUGAA